AUGCCACGGGUACUAUGCGUUGCUGAGAAAAAUUCAAUUGCUAAAUCUGUGGCAGGAAUUUUGAGUGGUGGAAGAUCCUCUCGGCGCGACAGUCCUAGCAAGUACAUCAAGAACUAUGAUUUUACGUUUGACUUUCCAUUCUCUGGGUCAAGCGACGUAACAAUGACAUCUGUCGCCGGUCACUUGACAGGGCUAGACCUGGAUCAAGCGCACGGCUGGGGUAAGUGCCCUAUCCCACAAGUCUUUGACGCGCCCAUCGUUGAAAUCCACACAAAGGACCAAGAGAAAAUGGCUAGCAAUAUCAAGCGCGAAUGUCGAAAUGCAGACUACAUCAUGAUUUGGACAGAUUGUGAUAGAGAGGGUGAAUACAUUGGAUGGGAAAUUGUGCAAGCGGCUUUGCAGGGGAAUCGAAAUCUGCAAGGGAACGUAUACCGGGCGAUUUUCUCGCAUUUGGAAAGCCGACAUAUAAUACACGCAGCAAAAAAUCCAAAAAGACUUGAUCAGCGCGCUGUGGAUGCUGUGAGGACACGUAUGGAAGUGGACUUAAGAUCAGGAGUGGCAUUUACAAGAUUUCUGACGGAACUUUUGGGUUCCAAGGUUGAAAGGGACUUGGGUCUUAAAAAUAAUCAGCGGCCAAUUAUAUCAUACGGAACAUGUCAAUUCCCCACUUUGGGAUUUGUUGUUGAUCGUUUUGAAAGGAUUCAAAAGUUUAUUCCCGAAACGUUUUGGUACAUAGUGCUCUCCGUUCCCAAUGGGCCCGAUACCACAAAUUUUCAAUGGGAACGCGGCCAUCUUUUUGACCGGCUUACCGUGGCUGUAAUAUUCGAACUAUGUCUAGAAACGUCACGAAACAUAGCAAAAGUUACAGACAUAAAAUCCAAAUCCACAUCAAAGUACCGGCCCCUUCCCUUAACUACAGUAGAACUUCAAAAGAAUUGCUCCCGCUUUUAUAAGAUGAGUGCGAAGGCUUCGCUGGACGCAGCCGAAAAACUAUAUCAAAAAGGCUACAUUUCUUAUCCCAGAACCGAAACUGACAUCUUUCCGUCCAAGAUGGACUUACAGAGUCUUGUGGAGCAACAGACAUCUGACAAUCGUUGGGGAGAUUAUGCCAAGACUCUGCUUAACGGACCUGGUUCAAAUCGCUUCAAAUGGCCUAGAGCUGGCAAGAAUGAUGACAAGGCCCAUCCUCCAAUCCACCCGAUAAUUAGUUGUGGCGCAGGAUUAGACAACGAGAAUGAAAAAAAGGUUUAUGAAUAUGUCACUCGUCAUUUUUUAGCUUGUUGUUCCGAAGAUUCCAAGGGUCACUCCACAACCAUGACGUUGAAAUGGGGAACUGAAUUUUUCACAGCGAGCGGCAUCGUUGUGUUGGAACGAAACUUCUUGGACGUUUACGUUUGGAUGAAGUGGGAAACCACAAAGCAGUUACCGAACUUAGCUCUUGGUCAAGAUGUUGAGCUCUCUUCAAGUCUCAUGAAGGAUGGCCAAACUUCGCCACCAAACCACAUGACAGAAAGUGAGUUGAUUUUGUUGAUGGACGCCAAUGGUAUUGGAACAGAUGCCACUAUCGCAGAACACAUAGAAAAGAUUCAGCAACGAGAUUACAUCAAGAAGAAGAAAAUGAGCAAACAAACUUACUUAAUACCAACAACACUUGGAAUCUCGCUAGUCCACGGUUUCGAAGCCAUUGGUUUGGAGGAUUCGUUUGCCAAGCCUUUUCUCCGCCGUCAGAUGGAGGUGGAUCUGAAGUUGAUUUGUGAUGGUAACAAGAACAAGUUAGAGGUUGUGAAUGACUUGAUUACCAAAUACCAGGAAUACUAUGGGCUGACUAGCACAAAUCAGAAUAAGUUAGUAGAAACCUAUAUGAAUAUUAAAUCCUUAAUAUAA